AUGCCCGGCAAAGCGCGAAAAGGCAAGUCCUCACACAACAACGAUCCAAACCAGACCAGCCUCAAAGGUUGGGUCAUCCCCAAACCCUCUUCUGCGGCUUCUCAGCCAUCCUCUUCGAAUCUCACCCAUCAACCCGCCCAAAAGAACCCCAAGAGAGUGGCCACUUCCUCCUUGGAAGUGCAGGACUUCACCACCAAGAGGUCGAAAUCGAGAGGGGAUGAAGCGAGUAUCAAUCCUCCCACGCACAAAACCGCCCCACGUCAUCCCACCACCUCGACCCAGGACGACCUUCACUCCAACUCCAACUCCGACGACAUCUCGUCAGACGAGGAUGAGGAUGACUGCGGCUCCGACGACGACGGCCGAUCAGACGAGCUGGACGAUGGUUUUGCGAGGUGCAUAGAGGCAGAGAAGAUGCCAUCUACGAGCCUGCCGGUCACCGGCGACGACUUCUGGAUGAGUUACCUCAUCACCCCUCUAGAGCAGCACGCUUCUCGCCUGGGGUUAAAGCCAACCCCGCUACCCGAAACCACAUACAAGCGCCUCUCAGAGGUCCUGGACUUCGUGUUGGCCAACAAAAGCGUGUACUUUGUCUGGACAAUCAACUCAAUGUCCAAAAACGUUCGGAAGCGGCUGCUCGGGCUGUUGGGGCUCUUCAUGCCUACCAACUUCCAAGAGCUCUUAGCAGGCCCCAACCCCCCAUCCGCCACCCAAAUUUACUCCCUCAUUGAUGCCAAUGGUGUUUGGUUCAAUGAGUACGGGGUCCGAGUGGACAAGCUGGAGGGCCGCAGCGAGGUCCAGAGUCGCUCUGUUGGUGCCUACUGGAAGGUAGCAUUACCAAAAGGUAGCGUUCACCACCACCCGCCCCUGCGUAUACUCAUAUAUACGGGGCAAACGGCGAAGGUGAGCCCCUCCGACAACACGAUGGGGUUUCGACUGCGGUGGAGACAACAUGUAAACGACGCGUACGGGCAUGACGAGGCGAAUAAGAAGGACAGUCUUUUUACAAAAGCAUUCAUCAAAUCACGAGAAGAAUAUCGAAUGGCUUUCACCCCCAUCGUGACAGUCCCGGUACCUGUCGGUACCAAGCUCGACAUACCCUUCCGCAACGCGGUCAAAUUCUUCGCUCGGCUGAGCGAAGCGGUUUGCCACGAGGCAUGUUCGACGAUAUACCGGGUUGACCCUGGGUGUGCACAUACACCCAAGACGUUCUGGGAAAAUUCUCCACGAGAAUACACUGGGAUGAACGCCCGAGAUCCCCUCAGGGAGUCGUUUGGCUUCUGGGAGCUGGGCAAGCCCCAGCGCCCCAGUCCCAAUUGUUCUACCUGUGGCAAGCUCUUUGGGACGAAGACUCAACGGGAUCAACACGAGGUUGAGGUCCAUGGACCCAAUACGUUUGUGUGUAAGCACGAUGGUUGUGUUUACAGGUGCUCGAGUGAAAAGAGGUUGGAGACGCAUAGGAAGUCGGUCCAUGGAAAAAAAGAAUUCGCAUGUAAGAUAGAGGGGUGCGAAAGAAAGUAUGGGACCAAAAAAUUAUUGAACAUGCAUAGGAAGGAGGUCCACGGAGAGAAAGUGCAUGCGUGUGAUGAGUGCGAAAGAGAGUAUGGGACCGAAGGAAGGUUAAACAUGCAUAGGAAGGAGGUCCACGGAGAGAAAGUGCAUGCGUGUGAUGAGUGUGAGAAAAAAUUUAGGACCAAUUCAUUAUUGAACGCACAUAAUAAGAAGGUCCACCAAGAAAAGACAGUGUCGUGUAAGGAGAUCGGGUGUAGGACGAUGUUUAGGUAUGAGUCACAGGCGAGAACUCACAUGAAGAGAUGUCACCCAGAGAGGAAGUUUGUGGUGUGA